ACUUCCCACCGAUCAAGAAUCAUACCACGUGACUCCACCCAACCAAACUUGGCCCACUAGACCGGAGAUGCUCUUACGAAGGGAAAGCUUGCGCCUGCAGCAACUGUAUCUGCCUACUCGUUCAAGAUCCAAGGCAGAUACAAUUUCUGCCACUCCCACGGCUACUCGGGUCUCAUUUCGCUCAUUCCUGGCAGUCACAUUUUGUUUGUGCUUUUUCCGUUGCAGGUCAUGAGCGCGUGGUCGAAAACGCCGUCCCUCGACCUCGAUUGACAGCAUCACUGUCCCCGAAAGCGACUUGAAUCUUUCCACUCCGCACUUCGGCAUUAGCGCAUUUUUAUCCAACCAUAACCGCGACGAUGUUUUUCCUCAAAGAAGAGACCAAGGUGAUCUCGAUGCACCCGUCCUAUUUCGGACCCAACAUGCGAGAGUACCUCAUCGGUCGGCUCAACGAGGAGGAAGAGGGACGGUGUACAGGUGAUCACUUUGUGAUCUGUGUCAUGGACAUGGUUGAUAUUGGCGAAGGGCGGGUGAUGCCUGGAAUCGGACAGGCGGAAUACACCAUCAGAUAUCGUGCGAUCAUCUGGAAGCCGUUCCGUGGCGAGACGGUCGAUGCCAUUGUUACCUCCGUUAAGCCCACGGGUAUCUUCACCCUGGCGGGCCCAUUGUCUGUCUUCAUUGCGCGAAAGAAUAUCCCCUCUGAUAUCAAGUGGGAGCCCAACACCGUGCCGCCGCAAUACACUGAUCACGCCGACCAAGUGAUUGAGAAAGGAACUAGUCUGCGGUUGAAGAUUCUCGGUGUCAAGCCCGACGUGGCUGCUAUCAAUGCCAUUGGCACCAUCAAGGAGGAUUAUCUUGGACCUUUGUAAUGAGACACGAUUGCAACACAUACCCACCCUUUUCACCAAUACGAUAAUCUACCAUGC